CUCGCCUCCUGGCUUUGCAAGAUGCAACCCAAAUUUCUGGCAACCCUGUUGCCGCUCCUGCUGUAUCUUCCCACGGCUGUGGGCGCCUCUCCAGGCAAAGAUGCUCGCAUUUCGGCAGCGUUGCAUAGACACAGUGGGAGGGAUGUCGAGACGGCGCCCAACUCGACCAACGUCUACGAGACCCAGUUUGCAGGCGUGACCUGGGAUGAGGACCACUGGCUACUCACCACCACCACGCUGGACCAGGGCCACUACCAGUCGCGCGGCUCGAUUGCUAACGGCUACCUGGGCAUUAACGUCGCAAAUGUUGGCCCCUUCUUCGAGUUGGACACUCCGGUGGACGGUGAUGUCAUCAGUGGAUGGCCUCUGUACUCCCGACGUCAAAGUUUCGCAACCAUCUCCGGGUUCUGGGACAGACAGGCCAAGACCAAUGCGUCCAACUUCCCAUGGCUCUCCCAGUAUGGCGACGACAGCGUGAUUAGCGGCGUUCCGCACUGGAGCGGCCUGAUUCUGGAUUUGGGAGACGACACAUACCUCGACGCGGGAGUGGACAACAGCACCAUUUCGGACUUUGAGUCAACCUUCGACUACAAGUCCGGCCUGCUGUCUUGGUCCUAUACCUGGACGCCGGCAGGAAACAAGGGCUCCUUUUGCAUCACCUAUCGGCUUUUCGCGCACAAGCUGUAUGUGAACCGAGCCGUGGUGGAUUUGGAAAUCAUCCCAUCCGAAGACGGCAAUGGUUCGGUGGCUAAUGUGCUGGAUGGCUAUGCGGCCGUGCGCACCGACUUUGUCACCUCUGGAGAGGAUGAUGGCGCAAUUUACUCUGCUGUGCGACCCUGGGGCGUGAGCAACGUCACCGCCUGGAUUUAUGCGAGCCUGAGUGCUUCUGACAACGUCGAUUUGUCGUCGCGUACAAUUGUCACAGAAAAACCGUAUCUCAACCCCAACAGCUCAUCCAUCGCCCAGGCCGUCAAUGUGCAGUUUACUGCGAAUGAGCCUGUUCACAUCACCAAAUUUGUGGGCGGAGCCACAACCGACUACUUUCUGGCAACGCAGGAAACUGCCAAGGCUGCCUGCUUGGCUGGAGUGGCCGACGGUUACCUCGCGUCGCUGCAGUCGCAUGUCGCAGAAUGGGCCAGCAUCAUGCACGAGGACUCUGUUGACCGCUUCAGCGACCCGGCGACUGGAGAGCUGCCGGCGGACAGCCACAUUGUCGACUCGGCCAUUAUUGCAGUUACAAAUACCUACUAUCUGCUGCAGAACACCGCCGGAACGAAUGCGAUCGCCGCUGCUGGCGGCAUUCCUUUGAAUAUCGACAGUUGCGCCGUCGGUGGACUUACAUCAGAUUCGUACGCUGGGCAAAUCUUUUGGGAUGCCGAUCUCUGGAUGCAGCCUGGGCUGGUCGCGUCUCAUCCCGAGGCUGCUCAGCGAUUUACAAACUACCGCAUUGCCCUGCACUAUCAGGCUGCAGCAAACAUUGAGACGGCGUUCACGGGCUCAAAGAACCAGACCUCGUUUAGCUCGUCGGCUGCUAUCUACCCCUGGACGAGUGGUCGCUUUGGCAAUUGCACUGCCACUGGGCCGUGCUGGGAUUAUGAAUAUCACCUGAAUGGGGAUAUUGGGCUGGCAUUGAUCAACCAGUGGGUUGCAAGUGGUGAUACCGAGUGGUUCCGCGAAUAUUUGUUCCCGAUCUACGACUCGGUGGCUACGCUCUACUCGGAACUGGUCGAGCGCAAUGGUUCGUCUUGGACGUUGACCAAUAUGACCGAUCCGGACGAAUAUGCCAAUAGCAUCAACGCGGGCGGUUUUACGAUGCCGCUGAUCGCCGAAACCCUGCAAAACGCGAACAACUUCCGGCAGCAGUUUGGCCUGGAGACGAAUGAGACCUGGGAUGAGAUCGCAGACAACGUUCUCAUCCUCAGGGAGAACGGGGUGACUCUGGAGUAUACAACAAUGAACGGGAGUACGGUCGUCAAGCAGGCUGACGUGGUGCUUGACACAUUCCCUCUGGUGUUUGAGUCCGACAACUACACAUCCGUAGAUUCGCUUACGGACCUGGACUAUUACGCCAACAAGCAAUCCUCGGACGGUCCAGCCAUGACAUACGCAAUCUUUGCUAUUAUUGCUAGCGAUGUCUCUCCGUCUGGCUGCUCUGCCUACACCUACCACCAAUACUCAUACGCCCCGUACGCCCGAGGUCCGUGGUAUCAGCUGUCGGAGCAGUUGAUCGAUGACGCCAGCAUCAACGGCGGCACACACCCCGCAUUCCCAUUCCUGACCGGCCACGGCGGUGCCAACCAGGUGGUUUUGUAUGGAUACCUUGGUCUCCGGCUUCAUCCGGAUGACACCAUCUACAUUGAUCCCAACCUUCCCCCUCAAAUCCCUCAAAUCACCUACCGGACGUUCUACUGGCGCGGCUGGCCGAUCUCCGCGUGGUCUAACUACACGCACACCACGCUCCAGCGGUCAUCCUCGACUGCACCGCUUCCCAGCGCGGACGUGCUCUUCGCCAGCACCAGCAUCAAGGUCCUGGUCGGCCAGUCGUACUCCGACAAUGCGACGACGUACUACCUCCCUGUCUCGGGCGCCCUGACUGUCCCCAACCGGAUGACCGGGUCGAUCAACACCACUCCGGGGAACCAAGUCCAGUGCCAGCCAGUCUACUCGCCGGACGACUACGAGCCGGGCCAGUUCCCCAUCUCGGCAGUAGACGGCGCCACAUCGACCAAGUGGCAGCCAUCAACAUCGAGCCUGUCUUCUCUGACAGUCACGUUGUCCACCGGCUCUGACCAGGAGGCCGUCUCUGGCUUCUACUUUGACUGGUCCACGACCCCGCCUCAGAACCUGAGCAUUAUCUUCCACGAUGCCCCCAUCUCAAACCCGGCUACACUAUUCACCUCGACGGACCUGAACACGAUCGAUUACCAAGUGGUUACGUCUAUGUCCAACAUCGCCCAGUCCCAGCCGUACAACGCGGUGUCCGCGCAGGAAGCUAACACGGUCUCCAUCCCCGCUGCGAACACCACCUUCAUUACCCUGGAGUCUCCCGUGCAGAAGGCGCAGUACGCCACGCUGCUAAUUGCAGGUAACCAGGGCGGUGAUGCAGUGGGGGCAACCGUCGCCGAAUGGGUGAUUCUGGGAGACUCGAAUAGCACCACCUCUGGCCAGACGAAACGAAUGAUGAGUGCGCGGAGCAAGGCUGCUUUGGCCCGGACGGUUGCUUAGCCGAUAUUUUGGUGAUAUUGCUAUUGCUGGUAUUGUUGCUGUUGCUGUUACUGGUCCUGAUUGCUGUAACUACGUUUCCUAGGUACAUACUUAAUA